AAAUUGGCGGCGAGCGGCAGUAGUAGCAGCCGCGUCGCCCGUGCGCCCUCGCGCGAUGAGCCGCAUUGUCCAACCGAGGUGCCUGCGACAACUUGCCAUAUAAAAAUCAUGACACAAACUUCAUUUUAAAAAACAAAACAUACUAAGUGACUAAAGUUAUUCUGUCAAAAAUCAUUUUCUUCUGGGACAUCAGUGACAAAUAUGCGACCGACAAUAUUGACUGCACUGGUGCUUGGGCUUUGGCAAGCACCAGUGUUGACUCGAGGUGAAGAUUUUGGAUACGAUGGCAUCAUAGGUCCCUCCCACUGGGGAGAGAGGUACCGCGAGUGUACAGGCAAGCACCAGAGCCCCAUCAACAUCAACGUGCUGCGAGUGAAGCAGGUCACGUUGCCGGAUAUCAUGUUCGUCGGCUUCGACGACUCCAUUGACGAUGUCCAUGUCACCAACAAUGGCCACACAGUGCUGAUUGAGGUGGAGAACGACCCCCACCCGCGGGUGCGCGGCGGCCCCCUCGACGGAGACUAUGUCUUCAGUCAGAUGCACUUCCACUGGGGAGACAACGAUACCUUCGGGUCUGAAGACAAAAUCAACCAUAGGAGUUUUCCAAUGGAGCUCCACAUGGUUUUCUACAAGGAAGAGUACAACAACACAAAGGAAGCGGUGAAACAUCCCGAUGGUUUAACUGUUCUGGCUUUCUUCUAUGAGCUGGACCGCCACUUCCACCCAGCAUACGACGACAUCACAGCAGCGCUGUCCAACGUGACGGAACCUCACACCAGCGUGGUGAUGUCACACCCCUUCUCCUUCCUCAACAUCCUGCCGUACGACCUGCGCCGCUACUUCACCUACCGAGGGUCGCUCACCACGCCACCUUGUUCGGAGGUCGUCAUCUGGCUCGAUUUCGAACAGCCAGUACGGUUAGCGCAUGAUCAGAUUGAGGCGUUCAGGGAGUUACGGUCAGCGCAUGGUAAAAUCCGACACAACUUCAGGCCAAUCCAGCCGCUAGGGGACCGCGUGGUUUACUACAACAUCGACACUAAUUACUUCAGUUACAACGAGCUAGACGACCCGGAUGACGAGACCACCACCACUAAACCUUCACGGAGGAAAAAAGGCCGAAACCACGCUCAUACGACAAGCGUCUACUUUGGUUUUACUAUCAUUUUAGUUCUAAUAUACGUGUAUUUAUUACUAUAGUUGCAUGAAUUAGACUGAUUGUUUUCAGAUAAACUGUUCAUUAGGUAUAUUUUACCGUGUGUCUAUGCAUAGUAACAAUUAUGAUUAAGUUAAAAUUAUCCAAAAAAUGGAGUUGAAACUGGCAGACUAGUAUUGCCAGGAACGCAAAAAAACAGAGUCGCUUUUUUUUCAACUUGCCCUAACUUGCAACAUGCCUGUAUUUAGAUACAUGAGGUACUCACUCAUACAGAGGCAUAAUUUUAUCUUACCCAAUAUAUAAGUAACUAGCUGAAUAGAUUUCACAGCUAUACAAUAUGCUUUCUCAAAUAAGCCAAUGAUUAUUUUAGUGGUACAUAAUUUGUU